AUGGGUUUUCAACUUGACACAAUCAAGGCCGGCGAUGGUGUUCAUUUUCCACAACAAGGUCAGACGGUCUCAGUCCAUUACGUUGGGACCUUAACAACUGGCUCCAAAUUUGAUUCCAGUCGUGAUCGUGGACGUCCAUUUCAAUUUCAAUUAGGUGCUGGUCAAGUCAUUCGUGGAUGGGAUGAAGGUGUUGCUAAGAUGAGUAAAGGUCAAGUUGCGAAACUGACAUUACCUCCUGAUUAUGCCUAUGGAAAACAAGGAUAUCCACCAGUCAUUCCACCUGAAGCGACGCUUAUUUUUGAAGUCGAGUUAUUGUCUUUUACUUAG